AUGGACGUAGAAAAAGCUAUUCAAACCCUUCAAAAGCAAAUGAAGGAAUUACAAAUCCGCGUCGAUGUGUUGGAGUCGGAAAACAACAUUUUAAAACGACAGAACAUGUAUUUGGGACUGAUGAUGACAACAAAAUUCGACGAAAAUUCGACGACGUAUUGUAAAAGACUUUGGGGCGACGAAAUUGAGUUCGACUCUCCUGACAAAAAUGAAGAAGGGACCUUCCCACAAAUACUCCAGUGUGUUCUUGAGAACUCACAGACGGAUGCGGUCGAUAUGUUCGUUGUUACACAACUAGCAGACUCACUCAUGGAAAGUCGACUCAACAGUCUAGUUUCAAUUGAUAGUAUCGAAACUAUUAACAGUAUAGUUAAAAAGGCAAAGGAUGAGGAUUAUUCAAUUGGACUCAAAUGCUUAAGAAGUGUUGCAACGAGUAACACGCCACUCAUACCUUUUUGUGUUGAUGAGUUUUGUGAAGCACUCAAUGGAGACUGUUUGGUUGAUAAGAUCACAGCUUUAGAUGGCCUUUAUACAGCAUCUAGAAACAAUCACAGCGAGGUUGUACUUGAAAAAAUAUCGAAAGCGUUAUUAAAGUUUAGUACACAUGAUGGCCUUGAAGAACUUACAGUAUUCUAUCAAGGCAUUUUCGAUGAUAUAGUUAAUGAGAUAUACACCCAUUCUCAAACAUCCAAACUCAUAUUAAGUAAAAUGAAAGUAGUACAAUGA